AUGGGCCUGCCCGCCCCUCCCAAACGCAUCUGCAUCCUGGUGGAACCCUCCCCCUUCACCUACGUGUGUGGCUACAUGAACCGGUACCGCAACACCAUCCGGUACCUGAAGGAACUGGGGUGUGAGGUGCUCAUUGUUACCCCGGGCAAGAGCGUCGCCUCCACCGACGACUCCCAGCGCCAGCCUGAAGAGUUCUGCGGGGCCAAGGUGGUGGAGGCCAUGUCCUUUGCCUUUCCCUGGUAUGCAAAGCUGCCGCUCACCUUUGGGCUGUCCCCACGCAUCUACAAGGAGGUCAAGUCCUUCCAGCCCAACAUUGUGCACUGCACCUCCCCCGGCACCAUGAUCCUGGCCGGCCUGCUUUACGCCCGUCUGCUCAAGGUCCCCUUGGUCUACGCCUACCACACCCACGUGCCCGACUACAUGCCAAGGUACAACAUGCAGCUGCUGGUCCCCGCGCUGUGGCGGGUGCUGCAGUACUUCCACCGAGCAGCGGCGCUGACCCUGGUGACCUCCGGCGUGAUGAAGGGGGUGCUGGAGCGGGCCGCGGUGGCGCCCCCCGCCGCCAUCCAGGUGUGGAAGAAGGGCGUCUGCUGCGACACCUUCAACCCGCGCUUUGCCAGCGAAGAGGCCCGCCGAAAGAUGCUGGGAAGCCAUGGCGAGGGGCCCCUCCUGCUCUGCGUGGGCCGGCUGGGCGUGGAGAAGAACCUCACCUUCCUCAAGGACGUGCUCAAGGGCGUGCCCGGUGCACGCCUGGCGCUCGUGGGCGACGGGCCGGAGCGUGCAGCGCUGGAGGCGCACUUUGCCGGCACCGCCACGACCUUUGUGGGCAUGCUGCACGGCGCAGAGCUGGCCGCCGCCUACGCCUCGGCAGACGUCUUUGUCAUGCCCUCCGAGAGCGAGACGCUGGGGUUUGUGGUGCUAGAAUCGAUGGCUUCGGGGACGCCCGUCGUGGCAGUGGAGGCUGGGGGCAUCCCGGACAUCCUCUGCAAGCCUGGGGUGACAGGGUUCUUGUACCGAUCUGGGGACGUGGCAGCGGCUGUGGCGGCUGUGCAGAAGCUAGUGGCUAACGACCAGCUCAGGGCCCAGGUGGCCGCCGCCGCCAGGGAGGAGGUGGGCCUGUGGGAUUGGAGGGCAGCCACGCAGUACCUGCUACAGUAUCAGUACCCCAUGGCCAUCGCCGCUGCGGCAGCGGCGGGCCUGGGGCGGAAACAAGCCGCGCUGGCUGCGGGACCGACGCCCGCACUCGCUUGA